AUGAUUGUAACUGCAGCAGCGAGUGGAUUUGUUGUCCUUCUUCUCACUGUGACAGUGGUACAGUGUGAGAAUGGCUGGAAUGUUAGUUACACUUCUACUGAGAUCUGUGCCUUCAGAAGAUCAACAGUGGACAUUAACUACAGAGUUUUCUGUGCUGUUAAAGGACACGAGGAUAUCCGCUCUCCAUCAAUCGUGGUAAGGAGUCAGAAUGGCUGGAGUGUGAGUUUCACUUCUACUGAGAUCUGUGCCUUCAGAGGAUCAACAGUGGACAUUACCUGUACCUACACAUACCCAUCCAGGUUGAAUAACCUUGAUACUACAGUUCAGAAAACUUUCUGGUUCAUUAAAGAGAGUAAUGGGAGUCACGUUGAUCUAAUGACUGAUCCGAAGUAUUCAGGUCGUGUGGAGUAUCUCUGUGAAAACAACAAGUGCACUGUGAGAAUCUCUAACCUGAGAGAGAGCGACUCAGCUGUGUACAAGUUCACGAUCACAACAACCAAACCUACUGGGAGAUUAACUGGUUCAGAUGGAGUCACUCUGUCUGUCACAGACCCUCAGCUCCAGGUACAUUUUAGGAGAUCAACAGCCAAUCCAUCUUCUACCUGGACAGAGCUGAGCUGUCACAGCAGGUGUCAGCCCCCUGAUCAUCUUUCCUACAUUUGGUACAAUAACAAUAAACCUGUUGGACGGAAAAAAUACUUUCACCUCCAACACGUUGAUGCUGAAGACAGCUAUCACUGUGCUAUAGAAGAACAGGAGCGUUUCCCUUCUCCUACAGUGUACGCUCCAAAGCCUCCCUCUGUGUCAGCGAGUCCCUCUGGUGAGAUCAUGGAGGGCAGCUCGUUGACUCUGACCUGCAGCAGUGAUGCUAACCCAGCAGCUAAAUACACCUGGUACAGGAGUGGAGAUGAACAAGUUCAACGUCUCAGUGAAGAGACACAAUUUGUCCUCAGCUCCAUCCUGUCGUCAGACUCUGGAGAGUAUUACUGCACAGCUGAGAAUGAGCUGGGAAGGAGUUCAGCAAACAUCUUUAUUACUGUGACAUGUGAGUGA